GUCAGUUUCCUGAUAGCUCCAAACAGAGCACGUUGUGUGAUUUCUUUUUUGUUCUCGUCCCGCAGCUUUAUCAAUUAAGAGCCCCAAAGAAUGGCGAACCACCACACCGUUGUUGACCUGCGCUCGGACACCGUUAGCCAGCCCACGGAUAAGAUGAGGCAACGGAUGGCCAACGCCAUCGUUGGGGAUGACGUAUACGGCGAGGAUCCCACCGUCAACGAACUGGAGGCGCGGACAGCGGCCAUUUUCGGCAAGGAGGCGGGCCUCUUUGUGCCCAGCGGCACCAUGGGAAAUCUACUGGCAAUUAUGGUUCACUGCCAUCGCCGCGGCACGGAGGCCCUGGUCGGCGAUUUAUCGCACAUCUUUCUGUACGAGCAAGGUGGAGCCUCGCAUUUGGCCGGAGUCCAAUUAGCCACUCUGAAGAACGAACAGGAUGGCACUUUCAGCCUCCAGGAGCUGCGCCGCAGGAUCCGACACGAUGAUUGCCACGAGCCCAUCACUUCGCUGGUCGUGGUAGAGAACACCCACAACAUUUGCGGCGGCAAGGUGGUACCUCUGGCCUUCCUGGACGAGCUGGCCGCUUUGGUGCGUCAACCGGGCGUGGGCACUGGUAACGCCCGCAUUGCCCUUCAUAUGGACGGAGCGAGGGUCUUCAAUGCGGCCGCCGCCUUGGGCGUGGGCGUGGAGCGUAUUUGCCGCGACUUUGAUUCGGUAUCUAUCUGCCUCAGCAAGGGCUUAUCGGCCCCCGUGGGAUCCGUGUUGGUGGGCACCAAAGCCUUCAUUUCGGAAGCACAUCGACUACGCAAGGCCUUGGGUGGCGGCAUGCGGCAGGUGGGCAUCUUAGCAGCAGCCGGCCUUGUUGCCUUGGAGGAAGUGGUUCCACUUCUGGGCAAAGAUCAUGAGCGGACCAAGAGAAUCGCCCAAGCUAUUUACGAGCUGAAAAGUCCCAACAUCACCGUGGAUCUGGAGACUGUGCAGACCAACAUACUUCUGGUGGAAAUUACACAACCCAAGCUGACUGCCAGUGAGUUCUCCACGCGUUUGGGAACCAUUGAAACCGGAGAGGUAGAUGCCGGAGUGGCGGAUAAAAGUGGUGCAGGAAUUGUGGUGAAGGCCAGUGCCAGGGACUGGGCAUUUGCCAGAUUGGUGCUUUACCACCAAGUGGACGACGAGCAAGUGGAGCUGGCAAUCAGGAAGCUGAAGUACGUCAUUGGGCAGUACGACCAGAGAUGGCCCAGGGCCUAGAGUUUUGUGAUUCUUUUGAAUAUUACUAAAAAGACAAACACACAA